AAGCGAUCUUCCGGCACGCUCGCACAGGCUAGUUGCCGAAGGCGAUCUUCCAGCACCCCGUGAGAAAUUUCCUUUGCGUGGAUUACAAUCCAGAACAGCAUUCUUCUUUCAGCAUGGAAGAAGCUCCUCCUACAUUCUCUUCAACAGAUCAUGAGACCACUAACGUGGGAGAGACAGGUGCUAGUAGAGAUGAUCAGUACAUCAAAAGGUUAAAACCAGUGAUAGGGAUGGAAUUCGAGAAUGAACAUAUGGCAUAUGAGUUCUACAAUACGUAUGCAGGACAUGUAGGUUUCAGUGUGCGGAAAUUUUGGCAUGAUAAAUCCUCAACUAAUGUUAUUCGGACAAAGAAAUUUGUAUGCUCAAAGUCAGGUUACAAAGACAAAAACAGUACUUCUGGACCAUGCCAGCGGAAGCGAGCAGAUACAAGAGUUGGUUGUAAGGCCGAGAUGACUAUCAAAAUAAGUGAAAUUGGAAAAUAUGUUGUAAGCAGCUUUGAGGAUGCUCAUAAUCAUGACCUCGUAACUCCAAGCAAAGCCCAUCUGUUGCGAUCUCAGAGAAGAAUUACAGAAGCUCAGAAGGCCCAAAUUGACAUAUUGAAUGACUCAGGUAUUAGACCUAAAUCAGGUCAUGAAGCGAUGAGUAGACAAGCAGGGGGUCGACAAAGUCUUUGCUUCACUCGAAAAGAUUAUAAAAACUAUCUUCGAUCGAAGCGUAUGCACUCAAUCCAAGAAGGAGAUACAGGAGCCAUUCUUCAAUAUCUACAGGACAAGAAACAGGACAAGCAGACGGAAAAUCCUUCUUUCUUUUAUGCAAUACAAGUAGAUGAAGAUGAGAUGAUGACUAACAUAUUCUGGGCAGACGCAAGAUCAGUAUUAGACUACGACUACUUUGGUGAUGUCAUAUGUUUUGACACGACCUACAAAACAAAUAGUUACGGCAGACCUUUUGCGGUUUUUGUUGGUGUCAACCAUCAUAAGCAAACAGUGGUUUUUGGAGCAGCAUUAUUGUAUGAUGAAACAAAAGAAACAUUUGAAUGGUUGUUUGAAACAUUCAAAAAAGCCAUGUCCGGAAAAGAACCAAAGACAAUAUUGACCGAUCAAUGUGCAGCCAUUAUCGGUGCCAUUGACAUUGUUUUUGCUAACUCAAUACAUCGUCUAUGUGUGUGGCACAUGUAUCAGAAUGCUGCAAAACAUUUGAGCCAUGUUUUUCAAGGUUCCAAGACAUUUAAGAAAGAUUUUGGCAAGUGUGUUUUUUAUUUUGAAGAAGUUGAAGAAUUUAUAGCAGCUUGGAAUGAUAUGUUAAAGGCAUAUAAUUUGGAAGACAAUGAGUGGCUACAAAGAUUAUUCAAGAGCAAAGAGAAGUGGGCGCUGGUGUAUGGUCGGCAAACCUUCUGCGCAGAUAUGAUAUCUACACAAAGAAGUGAGAGUCUCAAUGCAAUGUUGAAGCGAUACUUGCAUGUUCGCCUUGAUCUAUUAGACUUCUUCAAGCACUACGAGAGGGCAGUCGAUGACAGGAGGUAUGCUGAAGUGGAAAGUGAUUUCUAUGCAAGUCAAACAUCUCCCAAAGUUCCACAUGUGCGGAUGCUGAUACAAACUUCGAAGGAAUAUACGCCAGCUAUGUUUGAAAUAUUUAGAGGAGAAUACGACAUGGUGAUGGGAUGUUGUUUGUACAAUAGUGGUCAUAGUGACUCUACUUUAGAAUUCAAAGUUAGUAAUACAGAUCACCCCCGAAGCAGGGAAUAAAGAGAAAAGAAGCAGGAAGUAGCAGCAAGCGGAACAAAUCGGGACUUGAACAGAACAAGAAUAAAUCAAAGAAAGCGCAAGCAACAAUGUACAAGAGUGGUAAUUGUGCUUCUGCACCAUCCGAAGUAAAUCCUAUUUUCAACGUUCAAUUGAACAACAACAAUUUAGCAGGAUUCAACUGGUCUAUGCCUCAACUACCGCAGGCUGGGAACUAUAAUUUUCAAGCACUAUCGGGCCCUAUGCCUCAACUAUCGCAGGGCGGGAACUAUAAUUUUCAAGCACUACCGGGCGCUAUGCCUCAACUACCGCAGGGCGGGAACUAUAAUUUUCAAGCACUGCCACAUGCUAUGCCUCAGGUUGAGAACUACAAUAUGCAAGUAUUGCAGCGUGCGAUGCCUCCACUACAUCAGGCGAAUGCAACUUUUCAGCAGUUGAUUGGUUUGCAGUCACAACAGCCAUAUUCCAAUUAUAACACUCAACCAAGUCAGAGUUCUGGUUCUGUAGCUUUACCAGACAUGGGAUGGACAACAUAUCAAAAUGGUCAGCUGCCAAGCAAGUUCUUGGGUAGCCAAUCAAGUCAUCAACAAGACAAUCCUUUUUAAGUGGCUCUAUAUGAAAUUUGCUUGGCAGAAAACGGGAUGUAGUACUUGAUCUUACCAUUCAUAUUACAGCUCGAUACGUAAUAAUACUGGUUAUGCACUAGUUUAUUUCCAAUGGUUUAGUUCUAAGUUAAACGUUGUCUUGGAGAUUAAAUUUCCCACAAGGAACUUCCAGCAAUUUGUGUUCCCCGUUGUAGUUAUCCACAACAUUUGAUGUGCUAUAGUAAAUAAAUCCAUAUGCUACAAGGGGAGAA